UCAACCCAGAUGGUAUCUCCCACUCCCCGUGUGUGUGUGUGCGUGUGUGUGGAGCUGGUGACAGGCAGAUCAGCUGUACCAGUCCCCACAGGCUCGCUCAGUACGCUGGCACAGUGGUCGCCUGGCACUCUCAGCAAAGAGCCGUGCUCGUCCGUACUCGCUCCGUGGCCUGGAUGCCGCUUUAAACGCAUCCCGCGUCUCCGAAACACUCCCGCGAUCGAAUUAACCGGUGCGAGCGGGCUGGUGGAAGGCGUAAUUUUUCUGUUUUUUUUUUGUGACAUCAUCGAGAUGCUGGCAGGGCAGCGGGAGAACGGCAGGGCCGGCUUUGCCCGGAAGAAGCCGCUCAAGAUGAACAUGGUGAAGAGGAUCAUGGGAAGGCCCCGGGAGGAGGAGUGCAGCCCCCAGGACAACGCGCUGGGCCUCAUGCACCUGCGGCGCCUCUUCUCCGAGCUGUGCCACCCGCCGCGUCACAUGACCCAGAAGGAGCAGGAGGAGAAGCUCUACAUGAUGCUGCCCGUCUUCAACCGGGUGUUUGGAAACGCCCCGUCCGGAACUAUGACUGAGAAAUUCUCCGACCUGCUGCAAUUCACCACUCAGGUGUCCAGACUGAUGGUCACAGAGAUCAGAAGGAGAGCUUCUAAUAAGUCCACAGAGGCAGCCAGCAGAGCCAUUGUCCAGUUCCUGGAGGUCAAUCAGAGCGAAGAGGCCAGUCGGGGAUGGAUGCUGCUCACCACCAUCAACCUCCUGGCUUCAUCUGGACAGAAAACGGUGGACUGUAUGACCACCAUGUCAGUGCCCUCCACGCUGGUGAAGUGUCUGUACCUCUUCUUCGACUUGCCGCACACGCCCGAGGCGGCGAGCGCCUCGCCCACCGAGCUGCCCCUGGCCGACCGCCGCGCCCUGCUGCAGAAGGUCUUCGUGCAGAUCCUGGUGAAGCUGUGCAGCUUCGUGUCCCCCGCGGAGGAGCUGGCCCAGAAGGACGACCUGCAGCUGCUGUUCAGCGCCAUCACCUCCUGGUGCCCCCCCCACAACCUGCCCUGGAGGAGGAGCGCCGGGGAGGUGCUCAUGACCAUCUCCCGCCACGGCCUGAGCGUCAACGUGGUCAAGUACAUCCACGAGAAAGAGUGCCUGUCCACGUGCGUCCAGAACAUGCAGCAGUCGGACGACCUCUCGCCCCUGGAGAUCGUGGAGAUGUUCGCCGGCCUCUCCUGCUUCCUGAAGGACUCCAGCGACGUGUCCCAGACCCUGCUGGACGAUUUCCGCGUGUGCCAGGGAUACGCCUUCCUCUGCGACCUGAUGCUCAGGCUGGAGCAGGCCAAAGAGGACGACGCCAAAGACGCGCUGAAGGACCUGGUGAACCUGGUGACGGCCCUCACCACGUACGGCGUGAGCGACCUCAAACCGGGGGGCCUCACCACGGGGGCGCCCUUCCUCCUGCCCGGGUUCGUGGUCCCGCAGCCCUCCGGGAACGGGCACGCGGUGAGGAACGUCCCGGCCUUCUCCGUGCUCCACAACGCCUUCCUGAAGGCCAAGAGCAGCCGGCUCACCCGCUCCAUCCUGGAGGCCAUCGGCAACAUCUACAUGGCCGACCGGGCCAACUACUUCAUCCUGGAGGCCCAGCACACGCUGUCCCAGUUCGCCGACAAGAUCUCCCGGCUCCCCGAGGCCCAGGCCAAGUACUUCGAGCUGCUGGAGUUCGUGGUCUUCAGCCUGAACUACGUCCCCUGCAAGGAGCUGUUCAGCGUUAGCGUGCUGCUCAAGUCCAGCACCUCGUACCAGUGCAGCAUCACGGCCACGCGCACCCUGCUCAAGCUCACCCGCCACGACCCCGUCUUCAGCGAGGUCUUCCGCGAGGUGGGCCUCCUGGAGGUCCUGGUCAACCUGCUGCACAAGUACGCCGCCCUGAUGAAGGACCCCGCCCAGGCCCACGUCGAGCAGGCCUCUGGCGGCACCAAGAACAGCAACCAGGCGGAGGAGCAGAAGCAGCUGGCCUGGCUGGUGAUGGAGACGCUCACCGUCCUGCUCCAGGGCUCCAACACCAACGCAGGUCUGUUUCGGGAGUUUGGCGGCGCGCGGUGUGUCCAUAACAUUCUGAAGUACCGGCAGUGCCGCGAGCACGCUCUGAUGAUCAUCCAGCAGCUGGUGCUGUCGCCGAGCGGCGACGACGACAUGGGCACCCUGCUGGGCCUCAUGCACUCUGCCCCGCCCACCGAACUGCAGCUCAAAACCGACAUCCUGAGGGCCCUCCUGGCGGUCCUGAGGGAGAGCCACCGUACUCGCACCGUCUUCCGCAAGGUGGGCGGCUUCGUCUACCUCACCUCCCUGCUGGUGGCCAUGGAGACGUCGCUGUGCUCGCCGCCGCGCAACGGCUGGGAGAGGGCCAAUCAGAACCAGGUGUUCGAGCUGCUGCACGCCGUCUUCCGCACGCUGACGGCCGCCAUGCGCUACGAGCCGGCCAACUCGCACUUCUUCCGCACCGAGGUGCAGUACGACAAGCUGGCCGACGCCGUGCGGCUCCUGGGCUGCUUCUCGGACGGGCGGAAGGUGGCGGGCUCGGCCGGGGCGCUGCCCUCCAACGCCCGGCCCUUCCAGAGGCUCCUGGAGGACGAGCCGCUCCCCGCCGAUGGGGUCUGCCCGCGCCUGCGCCACUGCAGCCGGCUCUUCGUCUACCUGUACAAGAUGGCCACCGACUCCUUCGACAGCCGCGCUGAGCAGUUGCCCCCCUGCCUGACGCUGGAGACCUCUCUGCCCUCCCCCUGGGGCACACCAGCGCUCUCCAGGAAGAGACACGGCUAUCACGGAUCGUCCGCCCCCCUGCCGUCGCUGCCCACCAAAGCCGCGGCGGAGGCGAAGGUCCACGCGGCGAACCCUUCCCAGCAUGCCCCGGAUUCCGUGGUCAUCCACCCCGGGGCGGGGCUGGCCAUGCUGGACCUGCUGGCCUCGGUCAGCUCCGAAACCCAGCCCGAGCAUGCCCUAGACCUGCAGCUGGCGGUGGCCAACAUCCUGCAGCUGCUGGUGCACUCGGAGCGGAACCAGCAGGUCCUGUGUGAGGCAGGCCUUCACUCCCGCCUCCUCCAGCGCUGUAGCUCCGCCCUCGGCGACGAGGACCACCCCCUGCACCCGCCCCUGCAGAGGACCUUCGAGAGGCUGGCCUCCCAGGCCCUGCAGCCAAUGGUGCUCAGGGAGUUUCUGCGGCUGGGGAACCCCCUGAACUGCGGCGCCUGGGACAAGAAGCUCCUGAAGCAGUACCGCGUGCACAAGCCCAGCUCCCUCAGCUUCGACGCCGAGGCCCGGAACAGCAUGACCAUGUCCAUGGAGGGCUUCGGGCCGGACAGCGCCUUCGCGGGCGAGGACAGCGGCCAGUACCGCAUCAGCAGGAGCCUGGUCCGCUCGCCCGAGGGCAGCACCGUGCCCCUCACCCGCGUCAAGUGCCUGGUCUCCAUGACGACGCCGCACGACAUCAGGCCGCACGGCUCCUCGGUCGCCCCGGCCUUCGUGGAAUUCGACACCUCGCUGGAGGGGUUCGGCUGCCUGUUUCUGCCCAGCCUGGCUCCUCACAACGCUCCGUCCAACAACGUCAACGCGUCCGGGGUCAGCGACGGGGCGGUGGCCAGCGGCAUGGGAAACGGGGAGCGUCUGUUCCCCCCUCCCUCGGGCCUGAGCUACUCCUGCUGGUUCUGCGUGGAGCGCUUCGGGACGCCAUCCCAGCACCACCCGGUGCGCCUGCUGACGGUGGUGCGGCGGGCCACCUCCUCGGAGCAGCACUACGUGUGCCUGGCCCUCGUCCUGUCCCCCAAGGACCGCUCGCUCACCGUCUCCACCAAGGAGGAGCUGCUGCAAAGCUACGUGGACGACUUCAGCGAGGAGUCCUCCUUCUACGAGAUCCUGCCCUGCUGCGCCCGCUUCCGCUGCGGUGACAUCAUCAGCGAGGGACAGUGGCACCACCUGGUGUUGGUGAUGAGCAAGGGCAUGCUGAAGAACAGCACGGCCACGGUCUACAUUGACGGCCAGCUGGUCAAUACCGUCAAGCUUCACUACGUUCACAGCUCGCCGGGGGGGUCUGGCUCCACCAACCCCCCGGUGGUGAGCACAGUCUACAGCUACGUCGGCACGCCCCCCGCCCAGCGGCAGGUGUCCUCGCUGGCGUGGCGCCUGGGCCCCACCCACUUCCUGGAGGAAGUGCUGCCGGCCGCCAGCGUCUCUGCCAUCUACGAGCUGGGUCCCAACUACGUGGGCAGCUUUCAGGCUGUUUACCUGCCCUGUAAGGACUCGAAGGCGGAGGCCGUACCCCCGGCCCCUGUGGCCCUGGUGCCGGAGGAGAAGGUGUCCUUCAGCCUCUAUGCCCUCUCCGUCUCCACCCUCACCGUGGCCAAGAUCAGGAAGGUCUACAACAAGCUGGACAGCAAGGCUAUCGCCAAACAGUUGACCUUGUCCUCCCACGAAAAUGCCACGCCGAUCAAGCUGAUCCACAACGCGGCGGGGCACCUCAACGGCCCGGCUCGCACGCUGGGCGCCGCGGUCGUCGGCUACCUGGGUGUGCAUGCGUUCGUGCCCAGGCCAGUGGCCACAAACCUGCAGUACGUCGGAGGCGCCGCCGCCAUUCUGGGCCUGGUCGCCAUGGCGUCAGACGUGGAGGGGCUGUACGCAGCAGUGAAAGCUCUGGUGUGCGUCGUCAAGAGCAACGCGCUGGCCAGCAAGGAGAUGGAGCGGAUCAAAGGCUACCAAUUGCUGGCCAUGUUGCUGAAGAAGAAGCGCUCUCUGCUGAACAGUCACAUCCUCCACCUCACCUUCUCCCUGGUGGGGACGGUGGACAGCGGCCACGAGACCUCCAUCAUCCCCAACUCCACCGCCUUCCAGGACCUGCUGUGCGACUUUGAGGUGUGGCUCCACGCCCCGUACGAGCUGCACCUGUCCCUGUUUGAGCACUUCAUCGAGCUCCUGACUGAAUCCAGCGAGGCCGCGAAGAACGCCAAGCUGCUCCGGGAGUUCCAGCUGAUCCCCAAACUCCUGCUGACUCUGCGCGACACCUCCCUGUCCCAAACCACCAUCACCGCCAUCAGCAACGUCCUGAGCUUGCUGCUGCAGGGCUUCCCCAACAGCUACGACCUGCUCAGGGUUGGCCAGUUCAUUUCCUCCACCCUCCCCACGUUCGCGGUCUGUGAGAAAUUUGUGGUCAUGGAGGCCAUCAGCGAGGAGAAAGUCGACGGAGCGAACGAAGACGAUUUCGGCGGGCUGCUCUCAGCCAAUCUGAUCCUGCUGCGGAACAGGCUUCUGGACAUCUUGCUCAAACUGCUGUUCACCUCCAGAGAGAAGUGCGUCGUAAAUGCACAGGCAUGUGAGGAACUGGUGCGUACGCUGGGCUUCGACUGGCUGCUGAUGCUCAUGGAGGAGCACGUGCACUUCAGCACCGUGACGGCCGCCAUGCGGGUGCUGGUGGUGUUGCUCAGCAACCAGCCCAUCCUGGCCCGCUUCAGGGAGGGGCUCUGCGGCGGGGGCUGGCUGGACCACACCGACGCCGUGCUCACCAACAAGAUCGGCACCGUCCUGGGCUUCAACGUGGGCCGCAAUGCGGGGGGCAGGUCCACGGUGCGAGAGAUCAACCGCGACGCCUGCCACUUCCCAGGGUUCCCUGUGCUCCAGACCUUCCUGCCCAAGCACACCAACGUGCCGGACCUCUACUUCCUGGUGAUGGCCCUGUUCCUGCAGCAGCCUGUGUCCAAGCUGCCGGACAGCCUGCAGGUAAAUUUCGACCUGGACUCCAUCUGGACGUUCAUCUUCGGCGUUCCGGCGUCCAGCGGAGCGGUGGCGGGCUCCAUCCACGGCGUGUGCUCAGAGGCGGCUCUGCUCCUGCUGGCCAUGCUGCGCAGCCUGCUCAACCUGCCCUGGCAGUCGGAGGAGGAGGGCUCCUGGCUCAGAGAGUACCCCAUCACGCUGAUGCAGUUCUUCCGCUACCUCUACCACAACGUGCCGGACCUGGCACCCAUGUGGCUCAGCCCUGAGUUCCUGUGCGCCCUGGCAGCCACGGUCUUCCCCUUCAACAUCAGGCCCUACUCCGAGAUGGUUACGGACCUGGACGACGAGGCAGGCUCCUCGGAGUCAGAGGCCUUCACGGCAGACGCGGGGAUGAACCGCAGCCAAUCGGAGUACUGCAACGUGGGCACCAAGACCUCCCUGACCAGCCACCCCGCCAAGAAGUACGUCUUCGACUUCAUGAGGGCGCUCAUCAUGGACAACCUGUGUGUGACCCCCGCCAGCAAGCAGACGCCGACCGUGGACCUGCUGCUGGAGGCUGCCCCCGAGCGCUCCACGAGGACCCAGCAGAAGGAGUUCCAGUCCUACAUCUUGGACAGCGUGAUGGAGCACCUGCUGGCUGCAGACGUCCUCCUGGGAGAGGACUCGUCCAUGCCCGUCACCAGCGGGGGCAGCUAUCAGAUCCUGGUGCACAACGUCUUCUACUUCACCCAGCGUGUGGUGGACAAGCUGUGGCAGGGCAUGUUCAACAAGGACUCCAAGCUGGUGGUCGAGUUCAUCGUGCAGCUCAUUGGACAGUCCAAGAGGAGGUCGCAAGGCUUGUCCCUGGACUCCAUCUACCACUCUCUGAACCGGACCGUCCUGUACCAGCUCUCCCGACCGCACAAGACCGUGGCGCAGCAGGUGGCCCUGCUGGACUCCCUGCGCGUGCUCACCAUCAACCGCAACCUGGUCCUGGGCCCCGGCAACCACGACCAGGAUUUCGCCGCCUGCCUGGCGCACUGCCUCGUACACCUGCACUCCGGGAGGUUUGGGUUCUCUGUCCUUCGCGCGCGUGCCCCCGCAGGCCGGCAGCUCCUGCUGAAGGCGGUGAACCGCGUCUGGACGGAGCUCCUCCACAGCAAGCGGCAGAUGCUGGAGGACGUCUUCAAGGUGUCCCUGCCCGCCAACGACCGCGGCCACGUGGACAUCGGCACCGCCCGCGGCCUCAUCGAGGAGCCCGCCGCCAAGAGCUGGCACAACCACCUGGCCCACGAGAGGAAGUACGUCAGCAGGGGUGAGACGGCGGCCCCCGCCGCCCCGUUCAAGCUGCCCCGCGUCAGCAGCGGGUUCGGGCUGUCCAAGCUGACGGGGGCCAGGCGAAACAGGAAGGACAACAGCCAGAACAAGAGCAACAUCUCCGCGCAGGAAACCUUCCAGUGGAUGUUCACUCACAUCGCUGUCGUUCGGGACCUGGUCACGCUGCAGUACAAAGAGUAUCAGGAGAGGCAGCAGAACGCUCUGAAGUACGUGACGGAGGAGUGGGCGGCCAUCGAGUACGAGCUCCUGAGGGAGAGGGGCCUGUGGGGCCCCCCGAUCGGGUCCCACCUGGACAAGUUCCUGCUGGACAUGACGGAGGGGCCCUGCCGCAUGAGGAAGAAGAUGGUGCGCAACGACAUGUUCUACAUCCACUACCCCUACGUUCCCGACUGCGAGCCCAACACCGCCUCCCAGAAACCGCCGCGCUACCGCAGGGCCAUCAGCUACGACAGCAAGGACUACUACAUGCGGCUGCUGUCGGGGAACCCCGGCAUGUACCAGCACUCGGUCCAGCAGAGCUCCGAGGGGGAGACCGCGCCGCACGAACCCGAGCCGGGGGAGGACACCAUCGCCCGGGUCAAAGGUCUGGUGAAGGCCCCCCUGAAGCGCUCGCGCUCCACGGCGGACGGGGGGGACGAGGACAGCCAGGACCCCCCUCAGGACCAGAUUCUGGAGGCCGGGGGCGGGGAUGAGGAGGAGAAGACAGACAACACGGCCCUACUGAGACUGCUGGAGGAGGGGGAGAAGAUCCAGCACAUGUACCGCUGCGCUCGCGUCCAGGGCCUGGACACCAGCGAGGGCCUGCUGCUCUUCGGGAAAGAGCACUUCUACGUCAUCGACGGCUUCACCAUGACCGUCGCCCGCGAGAUCCGUGACAUCGACACGCUUCCUGCAAACAUGCACGAGGCCAUCAUCCCCAGGGGGGCGCGGCAGGGCCAGAGCCAGCUGAAGAGGACCUGCAGCAUCUUCGCCUACGAGGACAUCAAAGAGGUUCACAAGCGCCGCUACCUGCUGCAGCCCAUGGCCGUGGAGGUGUUUUCUGGAGACGGGCGGAAUUACCUGCUAGCAUUCCAGAAAGGAGUCCGGAACAAAGUCUACCAGAGGUUCCUGGCGGUGGUGCCCUCCCUCGCCGACAGCUCUGAGUCGGUGUCCGGACAGCGCCCCAACACCAGCGUGGAGCAGGGGUCUGGUUUGCUGAGCACCCUUGUGGGCGAGAAGUCGGUCACGCAGAGAUGGGAGAGAGGGGAAAUCAGUAACUUCCAGUACCUGAUGCACCUCAACACCCUGGCCGGACGGUCCUACAACGACCUGAUGCAGUACCCCGUCUUCCCCUGGAUCCUGGCCGACUACCACUCAGAGGAACUGGACCUCUGCAACCCCAAAACAUUCCGGGACCUCUCCAAGCCCAUGGGGGCCCAGACGGAGGACAGGCUGACCCAGUACAAGAAGAGGUUCAAAGACUGGGAGGACCCAAACGGUGAAACCCCGGCCUAUCACUACGGCACGCACUACUCCUCGGCCAUGAUCGUGGCGUCGUACCUGCUCCGCAUGGAGCCCUUCACGCAGAUCUUCCUCCGGUUACAGGGAGGACACUUCGACUUGGCGGACAGGAUGUUCCACAGCGUCCAGGAGGCCUGGCUCUCCGCCGCCAAGCACAACAUGGCCGACGUCAAGGAACUCAUCCCCGAAUUCUUCUACCUCCCGGAGUUCCUGCUCAACUCCAACAACUUUGACCUUGGGAGCAAACAGAACGGCACCAAGCUAGGUGACGUGAUCCUGCCCCCGUGGGCAAAGGGUGACCCCAGAGAAUUCAUCAGAGUACAUCGCGAGGCCCUGGAGUGCGACUACGUUAGCGCGCACCUGCACGAGUGGAUAGACCUGAUCUUCGGCUUCAAGCAGCAGGGGGCGCCGGCGGUGGAGGCGGUGAACGUUUUCCACCACCUCUUCUACGAGGGCCAGGUGGACAUCUACAACAUCAACGACCCGCUCAAGGAGACCGCCACCAUCGGCUUCAUCAACAACUUCGGCCAGAUCCCCAAACAGCUGUUCAAGAAGCCCCACCCCCCCAAGCGCGUGCGCAGCAGGUCUAACGGAGACGCCCCCGGCACACCCUCCUCCCUCGUCUCGGCCACCGACAAGAUGUUCUUCCACCACCUGGACAACCUGCGUCCCUCGCUGGCCCCCGUCAAAGAGCUGAAGGAGCCCGUGGGCCAGAUCGUGUGCACGGAUAAGGGCAUCCUGGCCGUGGAGCAGAACAAGGUCCUGGUGCCCACCGCCUGGAACAAAACCUUCGCCUGGGGCUUCGCCGACCUCAGCUGCAGGCUGGCUAACUACGAGUCCGACAAGGCGGUCAUUGUGUACGAGUGCCUGUCCGAAUGGGCUCAGAUUCUGUGUGCCAUCUGCCCGAACCCGAAGCUGGUCAUCACGGGGGGCACGAGCACGGCCAUCUGCGUGUGGGAGAUGGGCACCUCCAAAGAGAGGGCCAAAACGCUCACUCUCAAACAGGCCUUGCUGGGUCACACGGACGCGGUGACGUGCCUGACGGCGUCCUCGGCGUACCACAUCGUGGUGAGCGGCUCGCGGGACCGCACCUGCAUCGUCUGGGACCUGAACAAGCUGGCCUUCGUCACCCAGCUGAGGGGACACCGCGCCCCCGUCUCCGCCCUCUGCAUCAACGAGCUCACGGGCGACAUUGUGUCCUGUGCUGGGACCUACAUCCACGUGUGGAGCAUCAACGGUAGCCCCCUGGUCAGCGUUAACACCUUCACCGGCCGCAGCCAGCAGAUCCUGUGCUGCUGCGUGUCCGAGAUGAACGAGUGGGACACGCAGAACGUCAUCGUCACCGGCCACUCGGACGGCGUCGUUCGGUUCUGGAGGAUGGAGUUCCUGCAGGUCCUGGAGACGCCCGCCCCAGAGCCCACUGAGCCGCCCGAAGCGCCCGACUGCUGCAGCGAGGACAAGAUAGAGGGCCGCGAGGCUCACGACGAGGACAGCAGCGAAUCGGACGGCGAGGAGCAGAGCGCGCUCCAGGAGGCCGAGCCCGGGCCCGCCCACGGCCGGGCCUCCCGCCCCGACCGCGGCCCCAAGGGCUCCGCCGGCCGGCCCGGCGCCGCCUGGUCCGCCGACAGCGGCUCGGACGACUCGCGGCGCUGGUCCGACUCCCUCAGCCUGGACGAGAAGGACGGCUUCGUCUUCGUCACUACUGCUAAGCAGGACCCGCCGCCCAACCCCUCAGUGGAGGCCCGGCCGUACAGCCAGCUCAGACCCGGCUACAGAUGGGAGCGUCAGCUGGUGUUCCGGAGCAAACUCACCAUGCACACGGCGUUCGACCGCAAAGACAACGCCCACCCGGCAGAAAUCAGCGCGCUUGCCAUCUCAAAGGACCACAGUAAGAUCCUGGUGGGCGACGGGCGUGGGCGGGUCUUCAGCUGGUCGGUGAGCGAGCAGCCGGGCCGCUCGGCUGCUGAUCACUGGGUGAAGGACGAGGUGGUGGACAGCUGCUCCGGCUGCGCGGUCCGCUUCUCCCUGACCGAGCGCCGGCACCACUGCAGGAACUGCGGCCAGCUCUUCUGCCAGAAGUGCAGCCGGUUCCAGUCGGACAUAAAGCGCCUGAAGAUCUCCUCCCCGGUUCGGGUGUGCCAGAACUGCUACUACAACCUGCAGCACGAGCGCGGGUCCGAGGAUGGAUCUAGAAACUAGCCCACCCCGACUCCCCCGGCAGGCCACGCCUCCCUGGCCCCGAACCUGUCCGCUUGACUGACAGGCUCCGCCCUCCUGAAAGCUGGCCUGACCAACCCAUCUUGAACACUUUCCUGUUACCACAUGUAAAGCACUGACAAAGGAAAAAGGGAUCACUCACUGAAUAAUGUUCACUGUUCCAUAUAUGUAUUGCAGUUAAGUAUGACCUGAAAGAGGGGGAAGGGAAUGGGGGGGAGGAAAAAAAAAAAACAUUCUAAUCUGGUGGUUUUUGAUUAAUUUUUUUCUUAUCUUUUUUUGUUUCAUUUUUGCAGUCCCUCCCCUUUAAUAGCAACCAAGUUAGUCACCAGCUUUUUAGAUCAUAGAGCAACAGUGUAGGCCUCCAGUGAAAUUUGUUUAUAUUGUAAAUACGUUAAAUAAUGGCCUUUUUAACAAAAAUUUACUGAAAGACAAAUGUCGCCUGUAUCAUAGGAACUCAGUAUCCGCCUCCUGGGUGUUAAAAAAGAUGACUGGUCACAGGGACGCACGUAACGGGGACUAUGAAUGUCAACUAGUGUGUGUUAGCUGUGUAAUUAUUUUUUUUUAUUUUCUUUUGUUUACAAUCUGCAUUUCGUUCAUGUGGUUGCUCACAGUACCUUAAAUGUUGCCAUCAACUAACUUAACAAACUUAAAAAAUAUAUGAUUGCAUUAUAUAUACAUCAUAUAUGUAUAUAUAUAUAUAUAUAUAUAUAUACACACACACACAUUUCAUGCCUAUGAUAUAUCUGCUGUUGUUGACUGCAACAUAUCAAAUCUGUUUAUUUCAAAUGUUUGUCAUUUGUAGUUUACUCUUAAAUUUAAUUAAAAAAAUUACUACAUUAUUGUAGAGGUCAGUGUCCUGGAGAAAGAGUAGUUGUUAAAAAGUAUGAUUUAUUACUUACUAAAUCAUGACAUUUUGUCUGCACAAUGGAAGAACUACUAUGUAUCUUCCGCCAGAAAAAUCCUCACAGAAUCAGUCUAGAGCGUGGAAAAGCCAUUUUGUCACUGCACAUUUUAUAAGUUAUAUAAAAGGAGCAUUUUUCCCCUGAUGGAUAAGGGAAUAUUUACAGGUAUCUUCAUUAAUGUCCACAUUUGUCUGUUACAUUCAUUUAAACAUCUUUCCCAGUAAUUGUGAUCAUCUGUAAAAUUGUUGUAUUUAUUGUAAGGUUGCGUAGACAUGUUGCAUGACAUGUAAUGCAGGUCAUUAAAAUCUUAUCUCUUAAGACUUUAACAUAGUAAUAUUUAAUGGAGCAAGUUACAUUAAAUACAUUCUGCAAUGUUUUUUUUUAAAUCUGCAUAUAACUGAUAGACUCAACUUAUAUGCAGAUAUUGCUUUCUAAUCAUUGUCAUUUGAAUUUUGGUUGAAGAAAGGACUCUGAAAAAGCAACAUAAACAUAUGAGACCAAUUUGCAUAUUUAUAAGAAGACAGCUAUUUGUCACAUGUAAAACUGGAUUUGUUUGUGCACCGUGUAAAAAUGUGACUUUUUUGUUUUGGUGGAUAUUUGAGAAAUGGAGCUGGGGUUUUUCAGCGUCUUGAGUGCACACCAUAAAAUUUGAAAAAGUCACUGCCAUUUUUUCCUUUCUGCAUGUCAAAAGUCCGUGGUACUGUGGGCAAUGUGUGUCUGUGCUGCUUCAACAGUAAUAACCACUUUGAUUUAUGCAACAUUUCGUAAAUGUUUUCUUUUUUGUAACAUAAGUGCAAUAACCGGCUUAUGAUUUCAGCCGUAGAAAGUGUGUACCCUACCCUGCUAGCAUGCAGUCAUCAUUAUUAUUAUUGUUGUUGUCAUUAUUAUUCUUUCUUCAUGUACUGUAUCUAGCAUGCAAUCACUAUAUUGAGCUAACAGAACAUGCUAGCAAGAGGCAGAUUCCAAAAUCAGAUUGGAUAGGUCACCGAAGUUGUUUUGCACCUUCUUAUGUACAAACUGCAAGGAACCAUAAUUUUAUCGAAUGCAUUCUUAUGUUGCGUGCUUAUCACUUUAAAGGUGUAAAGGUUACAGUUAAACUGUAUGAAAUAUUUAUGCAAUUAUAUUGGUUUUAUUGUUUUUUUUUUUAACGAUUGUAAUUUCAGCAAGUUUUGUUACUUGUUGCAUGUCUGAUAACACGGCUGACUUUCUGUGUCAGUGAAUUGUACAUGUUUUACCUUGUUUUGAUGUUUAUUUGGUUUGUUUUUAAGGCAUUAACUAAUUAGUUAUAAGCUCUGAAAGGCAAGAUGUGUGUACAGUAAUGACAAGAGCAGUGAAAAUGUGUUCCCAAGUCUGGGUGGAAUUUUGUACUAUAUAUGAAAAAAAUGGCAGGUCUAAUCCUUGGACUAUUUUUGGUGGUCUUGUGUUAGACUGCAUUACUACAGUAUCUAGUGUGCAAUCUGUGAUAGCUGAAUGUUCACUGUAUUAUUGUGGUCAGUACAAUUACAAAAAAGAGUAGAGUAAUGCAACAGAAAUAUGUAACUAUAAUGCAAUAGAUCUGGUACUUAAAUUCUUUUUUAUUUCAAUUAAAUUCCUGCUGUUUACCACCAA